AGGGGAACUAAGUUUUGUUCCUUAGCUCAAUAGGGAAGCAGGGCCGGCCACAAUUUUUUUUUAGGAAAGCAAUCAGAGGACAAAAAUGGGGAAGGGGCUACUCUCUGAAUAAGAUAAACUGGAAGGACUAGAGCCUAUGGAACCUGAAUGCCUCGAGCUGCCUGUGUCUCAGGGAAUCCUCUGGUUUAUGCAGAUCUAGGCAAAAUGGCAAUGGAAGAUGAGACAGACAAUUGUAGGAGCGAGGGAGGACCAAGCUUAGGAGGCAGCGUCGUACAAAGCGAGGAGGGUCAGAAGGACAGAGAAUCGAUAAAUCCGGAUGGUACCAAGGGGAACAGGAAAGAUAUCUCCUCAGGGGAAAGCUCGGGAAAAGUCGGGGGAAGCAAGCAAGGAACCCAGGAGACCAGGGAGGGUAGGAAUAAGGACAGGUCGAGCGCACGAAAUUCAGAUGGAGCUGUAUCUAAGAAGGCGAGAAUCAUGGACGCGAGGCACAAACUAGCAGAAAUAGAGAAGAGAACCGCAGAGUACAAGGCAAGAUUGAUUGAGGAGAUGAUGAUUGGAAACGAGGAAGACCUCCCGCAGGAAGAACCGCCGGACGAACGGAAGGUCAACUUCAUCCUAGAAAGCGACGGACGCGACAGGGUGAACGCGACUACUCGACUAGGGACGGCUGAAAGAAGAAUUAUCCGUGACACUAUGAUGGAGGAGGUUGCUGGGGGCUCCGCGACCCAAGCGGAGCCUGAGAUCGGGGAACAAGAGAAAGUUUACGGGAAGCCUAGGGAAGAGGAGCCUACGGAUAAGGUCACCGCUGCCAAGAAAAAGUUUAGGUAUCAAAUUCCGAUCUUAACCAUGCCAGAGAUCGACGACACCCUGAGCAAAUUACUGGGAACCAUGGUGUCAGUAUCCCUUCAAACCAUGUUGCAAGUGAGCCCCAGACUGCUCAAAGGGCAUAGACAACUAUUGACUCGUCGACGAGUGGAGAUAGACGAAAAUCCAGAAUCACGGGAAGAGGAAAAGGAGGAAGAAGCUCCACAAGAAGUUGCUAAUCUUCAAAGGAGUCCUGGAGAUAUGGAGGAUCUAGAAAAGGCUUUUGCGGAUAUCCGCUUGAGCUUGCCAGACUGUGAAGGUGGGGAAGUCAUGAGGGCUCCACACGGGACGAAGCUUAGUUUCCAUGCGCUGCCCGUAGGGAAGUUAAAGGUGCAGAUCGGGACACAUCACACAAACGCCCUAGUAGACGGAGGUGAGGAAAUCACACUCAUAAGGAGAGAUUUGACAACAAUUACCGGUUGUGUGGUUAACAAGGAAGUAAUGGGGAACAUCCGAGAGGCCGGUGGCGAGAUCCCGUUUUCAAGGUACGUCAACAAAUGUGCGGUCAAGGCGGGCAUCCGGGAGUCGAUUUGGUCAUUUCAGCGGAUGACCGUAUUAGACGAGAUGGACCACGACAUAAUCCUCGGGAGACCGUGGUGCGGCAAUGUAGAAAUGAUAGGGAUGCAUCUGCAUGAUGGCACAUACAUGGUAGACUUAGAGGACUCGGUAACUGGCCGUGGAAAGCUCCUCCGACUCAUUGGGACCGGAGGAGACCCACCUAAAGGAAAGUUGGCAACAUGGUCGCCAUCACUUGAAGAUAGCGCUCGAAAGGGGGCUUUUGCACAAAUGGAGGAUAUGAGAGAAAGGGUAGAAAUUAUGAUUGAGGAAGCGUUCAACAAGAAAGAAUGGAUCAAGAUGGGCCUGCCUCAAAAGAAGAGAAGGCAGGAGGACGAAAUCUUAGGUAUCAUGGUGGCGGAAAGGGAAUAAGAAGUUGAACUUCGAGCCAGCCUGCCCAAGCAGAAAGAGGCACGGAUAGAGGUACUGGAAAGUCGCACUCGA